AUGUCGAAAAUCAAAUCCGUGUUCGGCGGCGCCGCCUUCCCUAAUGGCCCCUACGCCGACCCCAAGGUGCAAGCAGAGGCUCUGGAAGUCCUUCAGAAGGCCGGCGUAAAAGUUAUCGACACAGCUCGCCUCUACGGAGGCUCUGAGGAGGCCAUCGGCAAGCUCGACGCCCGCAAGAACUUCAUCAUCGACACCAAACUCAAGGGCGGCUUCGAGAAGGGCACCAUAACCAAGGACCGCGUUAUCCAGGACGUGGAAGACAGCCUAAAGAAGUUGAACGUAGACCAAGUUGACAUUCUGUACAUCCAUGCGCCAGACGAUACUAUCGACGUCAACGAGACGCUGGAGGGCAUUAAUGAAGCAUACAAGAAGGGCUGGUUCAAGCGCUUCGGCCUGUCUAACUUCACGCCCGAGCAGGUGCAGGAGGCAUACGACAUCGCGAGCAAGAAGGGCUACGUCAAGCCGACUGUCUACCAAGGCAAUUAUUCUCCUGUUGCUAGGCAUCUAGAGAAUAUUCUCUUUCCUACUCUCCGCAAGCUGAACAUCGCGUUCUACGCCUACUCCCCACUCGCAGGCGGGUUUCUGACUAAGACGCCGGCGGAUCUCGACGCCGGCGCUGGCCGCUUCAAUCAACAGGCCAUUGGUGGCAUGUACUCGCGGCUGUACGACAAGCCGUCUCUUCGCGCGGCCCUAGGCGAGUGGAAUGCAAUUGCGGAGGCGGAGGGCGUGAGCAAGGCGGAGCUGGCGUACCGCUGGGUCGGGUACAACUCUGCGCUCAAAGCGGAUCUUGGGGACGCAGUCAUUUUCGGUGCGAGCAAAAUUAGCCAGAUCGAGCAGACAGCCGGUUGGUUGACAAAGGGUGGUGUGAGCUCAAAGGCGGUAGAGGGAAUCAAUAAGAUCUGGGAGAGCGUUAAGGAUGAUGCCCCCGUGGAUAACUUCGGUGCCAACAAGGCAUAG